AUGAUGCACUGGCGAUUGUUAUAUUUUAUUAUAUUAUUAUCGACGAUAAUAAUUAAAUCGAAUGCAUCAUUUCUGUAUAAUACAAAUGAUAGUUCAAAAACAAUUUUCGAUUGUUUUGAUUCGUAUAUAAUUGAUACUCGUGAUCCAUAUGAACACGUUUCAUUUCGAGCAAAUCAUCUAAUACCUUAUUGUCGACGUCCAUUAUCAACUGAUCCUAUUAAUAAAAUACAAGGAUAUAUAGAAAAUACAUACACAUUUAAAAAUUUAAGUUUACAAGGAAUUACGAGUGAAAAUCUUCGUCAAUGGUCAAUAUCAAUCGAUAUAAUUGAACAAUAUUCUAUAUAUCUCAUUAAAAAUAAAACAGAAUUUGAUGAAUUUAUUUUUAAUAAUUGUUCAUCAUUAUGGUUUGGUUCGAAUUGUCAAUAUACAUUUAAUUUAAGUAUGUCCAUUGAAUCAUUUGGGGAUUUCGUAAAUUCUUCAUUUGAAGCUCGUAGAGACUAUCUGGGAGAAAUUUUAAUACAUACUUGUUAUCCUCAUUUAUCUGAAUGUUAUCGUGGUCUUGAACCGAUGUGUUUAGAUUGGCGUGAAAUAUGUGAUGGAAAAAUCGAUUGUAUUGGAGAUAAAUUUGGUAUAGAUGAAGAAUAUUGUAAUGAACUUGAAAUAAAUGAAUGUAAAGAAGAUGAAUAUCGAUGCCAUAAUGGAGCACAAUGUAUUCCGUUCGAAUUCUUUCGUGAUGAUCACCAAAGUAUAGAUUGUUUGGAUGGAACAGAUGAAGCUGAAUCUUUUCAAGUGUCAGGUCUUACGAUUAUAAAAGAUCCUACAGAAUGCAUCAGUUCAAUGCUAUUCGCUUGUGAAGAAAGAGCAUGUCGUCAACCACAUGUAUUUUCAUGUGGCGAUGGAAGUCGCUCAUCACUUUAUCCUGUUUUCAAUCUUGUCAAUGAUAACCGAGAUGCUUGUUUCAGUACAGGUCGUGCUGCCUACUAUCGUCAAGAAAUUCAUAAAUCCGCCAAACGAUAUCCGAAUGAUUGUUAUUUUUUAUUAUUUUGUAAACUCGGUUUUUAUAAGAUUCUUCGAAAUGAUACAUACAAUGAAACAGAUUGUUCACGUGCAAAUUGGUCAUCAAUAGAUUGUACAUUAGAAUAUCUUUCAUUUCCUCUUGAACCUAUUUUCAAUGGUUAUUUUCAACCUCUUUAUUCAAAACAAAAUUUGAUCAAGAGUGAUAAUGAUGAUGGAUGGCCAACAUACAUCUGUACUGAUACACGAUUGUGUUUAUACUUGCCAAAAACAACACCUCCUGUCAAUGGUUUAGAUUGUCGUCCAGCUCCUAGAUAUGAAUAUCGUGGUCCGAGUUUGUCAUCUAGAUUGCGUAAUAAUACUGAGAUUUGUGCAUUAAUGGGAAAUAUUAAUAAAUAUGAAUCAAAUUCAUCUUUAUUCUAUUGUGAAAAAUCUGAUAAAUAUAUAUCGAAGCAUCGUCUCGUUGAUGGUACUCAGGAUUGUAAUUACAAUGAAGAUGAAAAUUAUACAAAUAGUUGUUCAUUAAAUGAUACUCAACGUUUUAAUUGUACAUCAGAAACGAAAUGUUUAUCACCUAUAGGUAUUGGUUACGAUAAACCUAAAUGCAAAAAUGACGAAGAUAAUAAAAUUGACAGUCAAGAAAUAGUUGUAUAUUCACGUCUUUGCAAUGGUCUAAAUUCUCUUGGUGGAGAAUUACCACCCGAAGAUGAUGGUGAAAACGAUGAAACCAAUUGUGAAUGGUGGCCCUGUCAUACUCCGUACACUCGAUGUGAUAAUAUUUUUCAAUGUGCUAAUGGUAUCGAUGAAUUAAAUUGUCCAAAUGUUAAUUGUAGUAUCAAUGAAUUUAAAUGUCAAAUUAAUUAUUCAUCUGAUAAUUAUUAUUGUGUUCCUCAAAAAUAUAUAUAUGAAAAACCAAUCGAUUGUAUUAGUCAUGGUCUACAGCGAAAUGUAUUUUACUCGAAUAAUUUAACUUUUAAUAUUAAUCAAGAAUAUAUAUCAUGGAAAGAAAAGACUUGUUUAACCAAAAAUGAUAUUUGUGGUUACUCAUCAACUAAUGAUCAACAAUUGAUAUGUAAUAUUGUUCAAAAAGAAGAUAUUCUUCUUAACUCUGAAUUCUCAAUAUAUUUGUAUGGUAAUGAAACAUCAUGUGACAUAGGUCAGGGUGGACGUCGCCGUGUUUCUUAUUAUUUUCGUACAUGGAAUUUGGGCUAUUUACCACCAAUAAUAAACGAAACAUCAUUAGCAUCUCAACAGUUUACCAAUAUCAAGCCGAAAAAAUCUCUCGAAAUCAAUACUAGUAUUGAAUUAAUCGAAUAUUGUAAUCGUGGAAUUGUUAUAUUCGAAGGAAAAUCUUAUGAAAAGAAAUGUUUAUGUCCACCAAGUUAUUUUGGUGAGAGAUGCCAAUGGCAAAAUCAACGGAUUAGUUUAACACUUCAGAUACGUCCAGUAGGUUCACAUGAGAAUAAAAUUUCUAUUUAUGACAUAUUUAUUUAUUUAAUUGAUAAUGAAAAUCAAAUAAUACAUAAUUAUGAAAAAAUUAAUUAUAUGACAUCAAAAGAUUUCAAUCGUAUAUCAACACAAAUUCGCAUUCCAUCAGAAAAAUCUCAACUAUCAAUAAAUUGUUCAAUUCAAUGUGGAACAAAUGGAAAAUGUUUUAAAUAUUUUAACUCAGAACAAGAAUUUUGUCAUUGUGAUCAAGGUUAUUCAGGUCGUUAUUGUAAUAUAACAUAUAACUGUUCAUGUUCAUCGGAUUCAAUUUGUUUAAAUUCAUCAAUUUGUUUAUGUCCAUUAAAUAAAUUUGGUUCGAAAUGUUAUUUACAAUAUACAACUUGUCAAUCGAAUAAUAAUUCAUGUCAAAAUAAUGGUAAAUGUAUACCUUAUAAUAAUCAUAUAAAUUACGAUGAUUUUAUUUGUUUAUGUCCUGAAAGUUUUACUGGAUCUCAUUGUGAAUAUCAUUCAAAUAAAAUUGAUAUUAAUUUUAAAAUCGAUUCAAUCCCAUUAUCAAUCAUUGCCCAUUAUAUAAUUUCAUAUACUGAUAAAAGACAUGAAAGAAAAACAAUGUUUAAGAAAAUUCCACUCGAUCAAUAUUCAAUUGAAUUAUUUUAUACAACUCCAUUUAAUUUAUUAUUUAUUGAAAUUUCAAAUAAUUAUUAUCUUACUGUAAUAAGAGAAGAAUCAAUUAGAUCGGAAUAUAUUUCUACUAAUAUAAAUCAAGAUUAUAAGUGUGAAUAUAUAGAUAAACUUUUAAAUUCAACCAUACUUAAUUAUAAAAAUCUUCGUCGAUUAAAAUAUUAUCAAUUACCAUGUAUAGAAAAUCUCAAAUUAAAAUGUUUUUAUGAUGAGAAAUACAUGUGUGUUUGUGAUAAAAGUCGAUAUUCAAAUUGUUUCGAUUUUGAACAUAAUAUGUCUUACAAUUGUCAAGGUCAUAGUUAUUGUGGAGACAAUGGCAGAUGUUUUCAAGAUAAUAUAACUUGCCCAUCAACUUCAGCAUGUAUAUGUGAUAAAUGUUAUUAUGGAAGUAAAUGUCAAUUUAAUAGCAUAGGUUUUAGUACAUCACUUGAUGUUAUAUUUGGAUAUCAUAUUAAACCAUUUAUUUCAUUUACAAAACAAUCCAGCGCCGUGAAAAUAACAGCAUCAAUCACAAUUCUCAUGUUAAUAUUUAGUCUUAUUAAUGGAUUAUUAUCUACAUUAACUUUUAAAAGUGAAUCUUUACUUAAAGUAGGUUGUGGAAUAUAUUUAUUAACAAAUUCAAUUAUAUCAAUAUUAACAAUAACUGUAUUUACAAUAAAAUAUUUUCAACUUAUUAUAUUUCAAAUGAAAUCUAUAACAAAUACAUCAUUUAUUCAUUUUAGUUGUAUAUUAACAGAUGUAUUAUUAAAAAUUCUUCUUAGUUUUGGUGAUUGGUUAUAUGCAUGUGUAGCUAUGGAAAGAACAUUAGCUGCUACACAAGGCAUACAUUUUAAUCAGUCAAAAAGUAAAUAUAUAGCUAAAUAUGUUAUGCCGAUACUAUUAUUAUUAAUAAGUAUAUCUUAUAUUCAUGAUCCAAUAUCUCGUCGAACAAUUGAUGAUAUUGAUGAUGAACAAAGAACAUGGUGUAUUCUUGAAUAUUCAACAAACAUUAAAAAAUAUGAUAAAUUUAUAAAUAUAUUUCAUGUUUUAAUACCAUUUAUAAUUAAUAUAUUAUCUGCUAUAUGUAUUACUAUUCAAGUAUUUCGAAUACGUGUAAAAACAAAGAAAAAAUCAGCAUAUAAAAAAAUUCUUUUUGCUCAAAUUAAACAAAAUAAACAUCUUCUUAUAUCAUCAUGUAUUCUAAUAUUAUUAUCUAUUCCUCGUUUAAUUAUUUCAUUUCUAUCUGGAUGUAUGGAUUCAAUACGUAAUCCAUGGUUAUAUUUAAUUGGAUAUUAUAUUUCAUUUAUUCCACCAUUACUUAUUAUUAUUUUAUUUAUUUUACCUUCAAAAACAUACAAACAGGAAUUUAUGUCUAUUAUAGAAAAAAUAAAUUUUUUCUCAAAAUAA